AUGGCGGCCGGCUUUCCUCAUCGUGACAAUCCAGAUACUGGACAGGAAAGGGUCUUCAGCCAGUCUGAAAAUUGUGUGGAGAUCAGAAGAGAUGACCUAGGUCCGGAAGAGCAGGAGAUAUUCCGCCGGUUCGCUGACCAGGUCCAGGGAGUGAGGGGUGACCUGCCCCCAGAGGAAAUGCUACAGAUGUUACGGAGGGAGCUUGGGACGGACGACCGCGAGGAUGCGUGGAUGGGGCAGGCGUACGUCCGUAUUGGCAUCGUAGGUAGCUCGGGUGCAGGAAAAUCCACCUUUAUCAACUCCUUCCGGGGACUUGAGGCUAGCGAUCCGGGAGCAGCUGACGUUGGAACCACGGAAACCACGAGGGAGACUGCAGAGUACCCCCAUCCCGAACACGACCACGUCAUCCUGGUGGACUUCCCAGGAGCUCUCUUCAAAUUACAGGAAGAAAAUUGGCAUCCUGUCACCUUCAAUAUGGAAGAAUACAGAGUGAGGUUUGGGGGCAAGAUGAAGGAAUGCAACGUUUUCCUCGUCUUCACAAGUGAGCGCGUCCAUGACAACGCCGUGUGGAUCGCCAAGGUGGCCAAAGAUAUGGGAAAAAAGGUACUGUUCGUCCGCUCCAAGUUCGAUCGGGACCUUGAAGACAAACAGCGUGACAAACGGAGCUACUUUGCAGGGGGACAGAAGGAGGGCGAAGAACGACUUCUUCAGGAGCAUCGAGAGGACUAUGUCACCAAACUGGAUACACUUGGAUAUGGACGCGUGGACAUCCGAGAUGUCUUCGUCAUCAGCGGCAUACUGGAGCAUGUCCAGACUGGCCAUUGGGAUGCUGCUGCGCUGAAGGAAGCCAUUCUAAAGCAGCUGGACAUCCAACAGAAGAUGUUGCUCAUGACAACCACCACGGACUACUCACCAACCAUGGUGAGAGUCAAAGCGGAAAUCUACAGGAGCCGGGCCUGGAAAGUAGCUCUAACAGUGGCUGCUGGAGGACUCAUACCCUUGGCAGGGACAUUCAUCAAUGCAGGUACUAUGGUGACGACGAUGGCGUUGUUCAAGAAAGGCUUUGGCCUUUACCCGACCUCGGUGAGAAAGCUGGCUAAGUUGACAGGCAAGGACGAAGGGGAGUUACAGCGCUUCGUAGAUGACAGGCUAUCUAUUGUCAGCUACGUCGAACAAUUCCUCGAACGUGAAAUUGAUCUGCAAACUCUCACACGGGCUCUUGUGGCAGCUAAUGCUAGUCUUAACAUCUUGAUGACAGCUAUGGCAGUUGAUUCUGCUGUCGACUUCUACCUUCCUUUUGUCGGUGGCCUGGUGACAGCUCCCUUCUCUUUCAGUCUUGCCUGGCACGCUCUGCGUUUAGUCAUAGACCAGUAUGAACAGUGCGCGCUAGCUUUGCACGAGUUUGCUUUCCGUUAG